AUGGAAAGUCUUGAAGUGCGGUUAAAACAGGCGGCGGCAACGAAACCAGCGGAACAUAUUCGAAAUGUGUGUCUAGUCGCACAUGUGGAUCACGGAAAGACGAGUUUCGCUGACUCGUUAGUUUCAGCCAACGCUGUCAUUUCUAGUCGAAUGGCUGGAAAAUUGCGUUAUAUGGAUAGUAGAGAAGACGAGCAGACACGUGGAAUCACGAUGAAGUCGAGUGGAAUCAGUUUGUUGUGUGAACCACUUCUAAUCAAUCUAAUCGACAGUCCCGGCCAUGUGGAUUUCUCGGGAGAAGUGACGUCUGCAUUGAUUCUUUCUGAUAUUGCACUGCUUCUUGUUGAUGUAAUCGAAGGAAUCUGCUCACAAACGGAGGCACUUAUCCGACAAGUCAUUCGAAAUGGACAAGUAAUGAUACUAGUUAUCAAUAAGAUUGAUCGAUUGAGAGUUGAGCUGAAAAUGUCAUCAAGUGAAGCAUAUCAACAUAUGGCUCGCCUCAUCGAAGGAGUCAAUAGUUGUAUUAGUCAAGUGCUCGGUGGAAUCGUAGUAGAAGAUGAUACAUGGGGAAAUAUUGAGGAAGUUGAGGCGAAACUUCAUUUCAAUCCGGCAAAAGGAAAUGUUAUUUUCUCAUCUGCACUCCAUUCGUAUGCUUUCGGAUGUGAAGACUUCGCGACGUUGGCAGCGGAUAAAAUGAAAGUGGAAAAGGCGACGAUUCUGCCGGCGAUGUUCGGUGAUUUCUGGAUUGAUUCCACUGGAAGUAUUCGGGAUUCAGCGGCAGCGAAAAAUAAGGCGACGAUGUUUGAGAGAAUUGUUUUGGAGCCACUUUGGAAAGUUCAUGAUCUUGGAUUAGUGGAGAAUGAUCUCACGAAACUCUCCGAGGCAGCCAAGAAACUCGGAUUCACACUGAAGUCCAGAAGAGCUAAUGAAGCGUUCGAUGAACUAAUGAGGAGUUGGUUGCCACUACCAAAUGCAGCUUUCCGAGCAGUCGCCAGAGCACCAAAUGUUCGAUCGACUUUCGCAGCACAACAUCGGCUGGACCAUUUGACAGGACACCGUCUAGACCAUCCAUUGAGACCAUUCGUUGUGGAAUGUAAUCCGGAAGCGAUGACGGUGGUUUUUAUAGUGAAAUUAUUGCAAACUGAAGAUAAAAGUCUGACUUCGAGAAGAGCCAUUUGUCGGAUUCUGAGUGGAACUCUUCAGAAAGGAGACACGUUGCAUGUUCUUCAGCAAUAUGGAAGCGGUGAAGUCACUUCAACUACUAUCAACCGAAUCUCAAUUCUCCGUGGUCGUGACUCGAUUCCAACCGAUAAAGUGACAUCUGGAAUGGUUUGUGCAAUCGAUGCCGAAAUUCUUCUGCAAAACACUACUCUCUGCAGUAAACCAGACUAUCCUAGUCUGAAAAUCGGAUCUCAAACUGGAGAAGCUCUCGUGAGGGUUUCUGUUAGUACUCAACAAUUAGAUGAUAUGGAUGACCUCCGAGAAAAGCUCAAAUUGCUCGCUCUUUUGGAUACAAGUCUGAAAGUUAUGGAGUUGGAAAAUGGAGAGUUGGCGAUGGUGACGGCUGGAGAAGUCCAUUUACAGAAAUGUAUCAAGGAUUUGAAUGAUUUGGGAUUAGUGGAUCUAGACGUUUCUGAACCAAUUGUGCCAUUUAUGGAGACGGUUAUUGAAGAUUCAACUCUUUCGGGUCCACAGAUUACGGAGCAAGAGACAGAGUGUCGGAUUCGAGAAGCUUUGCAUAUCAAGUUACGUGUAGCGCCAUUAGGAGAUGCUGUAAUAGAGUUCCUUGACAAAAACGCAAUUCUACUAUCUGCAAUCCGACGUGGAGAAGCAGAGCAAGCGGAAAUUGAUGAAUUCCAUAAAAAGUUGACAUCAAUUUGCACUGAAUCUCUUCCAACUCUGAAGGGAACUUGGUGGUACCGAAAGCCGAAAGAGUUGAUUGAGACGAUGAUCGAAAGGAUUUGGGCAUUUGGACCGGAAAGAGCGAGAGCCAAUAUUCUAUUCAAUAAUGUUCAAAGUUAUGAUAGAGAUUUGGUGUGGAAGAAGACAGAAUUCGGAACGAGACGUUACGAUCAGACACUUGUCGGUGGAUUCGAAAUAUUCUGUAAUUCCGGCCCACUGUGCAAUGAAAUUAUGCAUGGAAUCGCUGUGAUCGUUGAGGAAUGGAUGGUAGAUGAGGAGGACGGGGCGAUUGGAGGACAAAUGAUGUCAGCGAUGAAAGCGACAUGCUCAGCGGCCGCAAAGAAAUGUGCUCUUCGAUUGGUAGCUGCGAUGUAUAAGUGUACGGUAACCACGGCUAGUCAAGCAUUGGGAAAAGUUCAUGCAGUAUUGUCACAGAGAAAAUCAAAGGUGCUCUCCGAAGACAUCAACGAGGCGACGAAUCUCUUUGAAGUGGUCUCUCUGAUGCCUGUCGUCGAGUCGUUCUCAUUCUGCGAUCAACUUCGAAAAUUCACUUCUGGAAUGGCGUCCGCUCAACUUCAGUUCUCACACUGGCAAGUCAUCGAUGAGGAUCCCUACUGGACACCAACGACGCUUGAAGAGGUGGAAGAGUUCGGAUUGAAGGGUGACAGUCCGAAUCAUGCGAGAGGAUAUAUGGACGCGGUGAGACGGCGGAAGGGAUUGCCAACAGAGGAUCUGAUUGUGGAGUCGGCGGAGAAGCAGAGGAAUUUGAAGAAGAAUAAAUAA